AUGGCUUCUGAUGCCACGUCAACAAGUCUCGAGGCUCGUGAGCUGAGUCUAAUAUCUAAAGUUGAGCUGAGGAUUGCGCUCGCGGAUACGGAUGAGAAGCUUGAGGGUCUAUUGAAGAUAUACUUGGCUCCCCUGUUGCUGAAGCUUGGCUCAGAGAGUCUAGCAGUGCGCAAUAAAGUCAUUGCUGUGUGUCAACACAUCAAUACAAGAGUUCAGGCGCCGUCCAUACAACUACCUGUCGCAGCUCUGAUCAAGCAGUUCAAAGACCAGAAAUCACAGCUCAUCCGACAUUUCGAUCUGAGCUACCUUCAGCAAGGUAUUGAUCGCUUAGGCCCCGAUGCUAGAAUUGAAAUCUUGCUUCCUUUGCUCCAAGGGAUCUCCGAGAUCGGGACAGCUACCAGUCAAACUGCCGUUAUCUUCAACCUUGUUCUACGGCUACUGCCUCUGCUCAGGCUGCCUCCAAAAGGCAGUGAGGAGGAUGCACAGUUGAAGUUGAAGCUUGGUCUUUCCGACCAAGACGCAACGUUCCUGUCGUCAUGGUUCGAGAAGUUACUUCUUCUCUACCCUGCUGAGAAGAAUGCAUCCACAUGCCCUGGGCUGUCACCAACCGAGUAUACAUUCCUGAACAAAGGGGCGUCUGUGAAUGAGACAUGGAACCCAGUUUCAAAUGGCGGGCUCAACCUCACUGAAACGAAAGUAUUAGCGUUGAGAUUCCUCGCUAGCGGAGCCUUCACAGAUGCGGAGCGAUUCUUGCCUGCUCUUAUUGCUUCGGCCGACGCGAAUUCUCGAAUCACUGAUCUAGGUGAGGAAAUGUUGAAACGAUUCAUUCCUGAUCUGGAACAUCCGGAUGUUGUGCGGCAAUUGUAUACUCUGUACUUUGGAUCCGGCACACCAGAUGGUGCACUUCCUGCACGACCCCCUGUACAAUUGAAGAUUCUGGUUUUUCUCGGAAAGUCUAUUCAAGCUACCACAGACACUCACAGGGUUCUUCGAAUCAUCGAGCAAGGCCUUCUAUCAGACGAGGCAAGAUCUUCACAGGGAUUGCAGGCUUCUAAACUGAGAACCCAGAUCUUCACAUUCACCACAUGGGUGGUUCGAAUGGGAUCUCCGUCCAACCUCAAACAGAUAGCUCCAAAGGUCAUAGCAGGUCUGAGAGAUUUCAUCCAGUCUCAAGGAUGGCCCAGUCCCGGGGCCAGUGGCCAAAGACUACCCGCAACGGACCUCAGCCUCAGAGGUCUGGCCUACGAGAGCAUUGGUAUCCUCGUUCCCAAAGUCGAUUUUCAGGUACGAGAUGAUCAGGGAUCAUUCUCCGAUUUUGAACUGAUCAAAUGGCUCUUCACGUCUUUGAGCUCCGAUGAUUCGAGCCCUCAGAUCUUUGUGAGCAUCGAGCAAGCGUUGGGAAGUAUUCUGAAUUCUUCAGUGGACCGUUGGAACGAAGAAUUUCAAGAGCAACUUCGCCCUUUCUUGGUGCACCAAAUGGGCAACUAUCCAGGCGAUGAAGACUACCUCACAGGGUUCAAAGUCGUUCGUGGACCUCAAUACGCUGCCGUGCGUUUCUCCAACCGAUUUUUACCCUUUAGCGAUGUUGUGGCUCGCUGGAUCGACCUCAUGGCCAUUGCGCGUGGAUCGGAAAGGAAUCAAGAGGUUGUAGAGGAAGGCAAGAAGGGACUGCAUCCUUACUGGUAUAGGUUGCUGAAUCCCAGCAAAGACAAAAAAUGGUUCGCUACAACAGCAACAGAUGCGGCAAGCCAGGCAUGGUACAGUUUCCCAUCCUUCUCCGAGGCCACGCGCUUUUUACUAGGCACGCCGGAAUUAAGUGGAAGCGCAGUGGCUCCAGCGUUGUCGACACCGAAAGCGCUGUCUGGACCUUACAGAGGUGCCUUGCCGGUUGCCAUUGCAUUUCUUCGCAACAUCCUCCUUUGGGAGUCCCUCUCGAAAUCCGGAACCAUCACCGAGAUUGAACAGGAUUGGGAUGUCAAAUUGGAUAUUCUGCUUACAUCAGACGAAGGAGCCCGGCGUGGACUGAAGCAUUACAUGCAGUCUUCCGACAAGGAAGCCGUAUUAUUAUUCUUGACAAGUGCCUUGACCGGCCUCACGAGCGACAGGCGGGAAGGUCUACAGCAAUGUGGAGAUCACUUUGUGAAUAUCUGCUCCCUGGCCCCGAAUGACAUAGUUGGAGCGAUGGUCCCACGAACACUCACGUUAAAAAGCCCUAUUAGCAGCAAUGAUCAAGAAAUGCAAAACAAGGCCGCGCAAGCAAUUGGAAUCCUCGCAUCUCAUCCUGCGUUCCCUGCCAACGAUCUCACAGCAUUGAUUAUAGAAUUGUCCAGUUCAGUGACUGCAUGGAAAACGGCAAUUGGGGAGGCCGUGCUUAAGAUACGGGGCGCAAUCCUUGCCUUGGCCUACAUCUUGAGCAGGCUUUCAUUCCGCAAAGCAUUCGACAAGGCUCCGAAGGAGCAGGUAGACUUGUUUGUGAACACAAUCUUUGAGGUGGUGGAAAACGCCCGGGACACUCUCCUCAGACGCUCUGCACAACUCGCACUUGGACAAUUGAGUCUUUCUAGUGUUCUGUCCCCGACAAUACUCCCUGAGGCUGGCUGGAAGAAAAUUAGAGAAAAGCUGACUCAAGAUGCAAAGACUGAGAGCGAUAUUGCUAUCACAUCCAUGGGCCUCUUGACGCUAACAUUUUCAAGAGCGGGCACUGAUAACUCGCUCUUCAACGAGCUCCUCGCUGCCCUCUAUGACUUACAUGAAAUUCGGAGUGCGGAGGUCCAUUUCACUGUUGGCGACGCAUUGAGCACCACCGCUGUUGGCUGGAGGUCCAAGUCGCUGCUCAAAGAGUUCGACGUCGAUGAACAGAUCCUUGAGUCGACGAUUCCCGACACAAUGCUCGCUAAAAUCUGUGACAAAGUCAUAACUGACUGCGGUGCAUCCAAACCCUCGCUGAGAAAGUCUUCUGCUAUAUGGCUUCUUUGUUUGAUUAAGAAUUGUGGGCAUCUGUCAGCUAUACAAGAACGUCUACGCAAAUGCCAGGCAAUGUUCACAGGUAUCCUUGGAGAUCGUGACGAAGUGGUACAGGAGACUGGAGCGCAAGGAUUAGGACUUGUCUAUGAGAUGGGCGAUCAAUCGCUGAAAGACGAUCUCGUGCGGGACUUGGUAAACUCUUUUACUGCAACCAAAUCUAACCUUGCUGGAGGGAAGGUCCAUGAGAAUACCGAACUCUUUGAGCCCGGGGCUCUCCCGACUGGAGAAGGUAGCUCGAUCAACACCUACAAGGAUAUCAUGAAUCUUGCAUCCGAGGCUGGAGAUCCCACGCUUGUCUACCGCUUCAUGUCACUUGCUUCCAACAACGCCCUCUGGACAAACCGCGCGGCCUUCAGCAAGCUCGGCAUCAGCAACAUAUUCUCAGAUUCAAGCGUCAACGGGUACUUAGCGAAGAAUACCAAGAUCUAUUCCAAGCUAUUCCGUUACCGAUUCGACCCCAACCCUAACGUACAAAGGUCGAUGAACACCAUUUGGACUGCACUAGUUAAGGACCCCACGGUGGUGAUCAAUGCUCAUUUUGACGAGAUCAUGAAUGAUCUACUGACAAGCAUGCUGGCCGGCCGAGAAUGGCGAGUUCGCCAGGCAAGUUGUGCUGCAAUUGCCGACUUGAUGCAAGGGCGUCAACCAGAGAAAUACGCCAUGUAUAUGGAUGACAUUUUCACGAAAUCAUUCAAGCUGUUGGAUGACAUUAAAGAAACUGUCCGUGUGGCGGCACUGAAACUUUGUCAGACUCUUACCAACGCCAUUGUUCGCACAUUGGAAACAAGUGAUCUAGACUCCAAACGAGCGAAUACAAUGCUAUCAAGUGCUAUUCCCUUUCUGUUGAGUGACAAGGGCAUGGAGUCCAGUGUCCAAGAGGUCCAGGGAUUUGCUAUUGGGUCUCUUGUCCAGAUGAUCAAGAAAAGCCCUGGUGGACCACUCCGUCCGUUUGUUCCUCGCAUCAUUGAGCAGUUUCUCAAUUCGCUGAGCUCCUUGGAACCUCAGGCGGUCAACUACGUUCAUCUCAACGCUGAGAAAUAUGGGUUAACGGGACAGGAGAUUGACAAGAUGAGAUUGUCCAGUAUUCGUACGUCACCGAUGAUGGAAGUGAUCGAGCGGUAUCUGAUAGACAUGCUGGAUGAUACCAGCAUGAAGGAGUUUGCGGCCAAGCUUGAAGGGGUCCUUCGCUCAGCAGUAGGACUCCCAUCGAAAGUGGGCUGCAGCCGUGUCCUUGUCCUUCUCAGCAUGCGACCGAUGCUUUUCCGCCCUUAUGCGGAUCGGUUCAUCCAGCUGCUGAGCAAGUACGUUGUUGAUCGGAACGAGACCGUCAGCGCAUCGUACUGCAGUUCCAUCGGUUAUCUCAUGCGUCUGGCUUCGGACGACCAAGUUCUGAAGACGGUUGAUCAUGCCAAGCGCUUGUACAUUGCUGCAGAGGAUGCCAAUGAGAGAGUCAUCUCGGCCGAAAUUCUACACUCUACUUCCAAGCUGUCGAAUGACCGGUUCAUGGCAUUCGCGGCUACUAUCUUGCCGUUUGUCUUCAUAUCGAAGCACGACACGGACACCCACGUCCGAGAGGUAUUCGACAAGAUAUGGCAAGACAAUGUGGGAGGCACUCGAGCGGUAUCACUGUAUAUCAAGGAAAUUGCCGGGCUCGCUGUAGAAAAUUUGGAAUCGGCGCGCUGGGCCAUCAAGCACACAGCGGCCCUGGGUAUUGCCAACGCGACCAUCUCGCUAGACCCCAGUCUUGACGUUGCCACGUGCCGGAUACUGUGGCCCGUGUUGGAAAGAGCACUGGCGGGGAAGACGUGGGACGGCAAAGAAGUUGUGCUCAAGGCAUUUGUGAAGUUUGCAGGCCAAGCUCAAAAGCUGUGGGAAGAGGACAAGCAGCUCAGUGACUCGAUGAAGGUGAUCGCAAUUAGGGAGGCAAAGCGCAACAAUGCCGCAUAUCGUCCACAUGGUCUCGUCGCUUUAGGUGGGGUGGCGCAGGCGCGCACCGACCUCGAUUUCAUGCCCGAGGCACUGAGCAUCGUCUCCCAGGUGCUGGACGACGUGACGGAGGGUGACGCAGACUCGAUGGAUAUUGAUGCUGGCAGCGGGCACAAAACCAAGCAAGGGCUGGAGGAUACUUUGGCGGCGUACCUGGAAGACAUGGCCCCAGUCAUCGACAAGGCUGUCAGCCACGGCGGUCGGAAAGUACAGACCACACUCUAUGCGGAGCUGGGCAAGUUGUUUGGUCGGGUCGAGAAGCGGGCCUCCUCGGCCGACGACAAGAAUGAUAAGAAUCUUGAGCCACGCGAGAUGCAGGGGCCAUUGGCGGCGCUCGCCGAAAAAAUGCUUUGCCGCGAGAUAGACGUGUCCAUCGAAAGUAUCCGAAUGGGACGUGCGCAAGCGGCAACGGCAUACAUCACAAUGUGCCGGGCGAUGGAGAUGGAAAUCAGCGAACAGGUGCAGCGAUCGAUCAAGACAUGGAGGGACGGCGAAAGAUCGGGUCCGGUGCAACAGGUCCUGAAUCAAAUACUGGGGGGAAGUAUUGUUUCUGUCUCACGGUGA